AUGAUCGUUGAAGAUAUGCAACAGAGGGAUCGGUAUCUAAUCGAAUCAUUUGUGAUCGCUUUACCCGGAAGUCGUGACCGUUCAGGAUCACCAUUACUAUUUAUUAAUUUUAUGGAUGGUAACUGCAAGCAGCCCGGCAUGGAAAUGGUUAAUGCUCCAAGUUAUGAAGAGCUCGUAUCAGUCAUUAGUUACUUGUCCCAAAUACCUGAUGAGAAUAUUUGCAAGCUAGGAUUUACAGUAGUGAUCGAUGGGCGCAAAGCAACUGUAAAGUACGUACGUAGUGCAUUACGAGCAUGUCAGCAAGCACUAUAUCGGCGAAUUCGAUCUGUACUUGUCAUUCAGCCGGAGAAAUUCUUGGACCAGCAAAGACUUAAUUUUGAGCUUAUCAAAGAAGCUUAUCAGUUCAAGUGCACCCUAAUCUCUGUACAUAAAUUAUCACGUUUCGUGGAGGUUGUGGAAUUACCAGAUGCACUCGGCGGCACUCUCCACUACGACCCAUAUUCAUGGAUUUUAUUUAGACAGAAACUUGAGGAUUACAUGAGGAAAGCGAACAGUUGGAUAGAAAACAGCAAAAAACUUACCUACACGACGUCAAGUAAUUCUAAUGAGAAGGCUUUUGAGGCGGAUAGUUUCAACUCAAAUGAACUUCUCAAAGCAGGAGGCGAUUUACUUGAUGAAUUAACGCAAAAUAGUGGGAUAAGAGCGCUGAAAAACAUCGAUUGGUACAACGCUGUGCAUCAUGUCAAUCUGCUCAUGAAACAAAUUAAAGAUAUCAAAGAGAGGCCAGCAGAAGUGGCACAUCAGGAGGAGAGAUAUGCAUCACUGAAGUUGCUGGGAAAUUAUGAUGAAGAAGUACAUAAUUUAGUGAACUGGAUUCUGGGCGCUGGUGAGAGAUGGCUUCUGACCUUACAUGAAAUUGGUGAAUCAUACGACGAUGCCAAGCAAUUACUGAAAGAACACAAUGAACUGGAAAACAAGUCGAUAGAUGUGGAAGAACAAUCACAUGAACUGAUAGCAAUGGGACGUGAGCUACAACAUGAAUUCCCAAAACAUGCCGUGGCAUUACAGCAAAACAUAGAUAGAGUACAACAAUUAGUUCGUGCCUUCUGCGCACGUAUUAUGCGUCAAAAGGAAGUCGCUUCACGCUCCAUUGACUUCUAUCGUAUGCUAACUGAUUUCUCACGAAAAGCAAACCUGUUGUUGGAAUCACUAUGUACAAAUGUGAAAGCGAAUGAUAUUGCGACUGUUGAGAAAGAGCGGGACGAAAUGGAAGUCAAAGUAAAUGAAAUGGAAAAAAUCUACCAUGCUGUGUUUAUCAGUGGUAUAUCGUUCAUUGACCAGCUUUGCAUUGAUGAAUCCAACUCAAUUGAUAGACCUAUCACGCGUGAUUAUUCGACGGGUAUUGCACAGAUCAGAGAAGCACUGAAAGAAUCACGUGACCGAAGGCGGCGUUGUCAGAAUUUAGCAGAUGUUCGCAGACUAAAAAUUCACCAGCUUCUACAGCUCUAUACAUGUGAAGAAGAUGGCCAGCAGGUAGUUCACUGGAUUGAAGAACUUUACGAAACGUUAGUAAAUGGAUAUAAUGAAAUACCAUAUGACUUCAAACAACUACAGUUCGUGCAAAAAAACAGAUUGAAAGUUGAAGAAACCGCACGAAGCACAUAUGGGUACGGUAAACAGCUAUGUCAAGUGAUACUCGUAUUAAGAAGAUCGUUAAGAAUGGAAGUGCAGCCUGGAUUAAAACUGAAUCAAAGAUUAGAAUCUAUUUGGAGAAAAUUCUGUAUUGUUGUGAGCGAAAAAGAAAUGAAAUUUAGCAUCACUGGUGCAUUUUAUUCCGCAAUUCACGAAGUAAAUGAGCGCCUUGAUGAAUUAUCGCUUCGACUCGAUCGUGAAGCUGUAGAAAAGUGUUCAGAAGGAACAUCGCUUAGUAAUGAAAAGAAAAGUAUUGCAAAUGCCGUUCAGGAAUUGAAGCAGAUUGCUGACAUUCUAACUCAAGAGCAAAAUAACAAAAUGUCCAGAGGCAGAAGUAGUGCAGAGAUGUCUUGGGUUCGGGCUUUAAAAGAGAUCCAACAAAAAUUUGGUGAAGUGAAGCAAAAACAAAAUAAACUGGAAAGAAUCUGCGAGGAUAAAGAAUGUAACGAUAUAAAAGUAUCCGCGAGGUUUAGUGUCAAUUGA